AACACAAUCAGCCAAACGAAUAUAAAGGAGAAAGAACCAAAAUGCGUGGGGAAUGUAAAAAGGAAAGAAAUAAAAGUUAAAAACGCUGCGUUUUAUAUUUCAGCAUCAACAACACUUCUUUUUUUCAAUUAUUUUCAUUCCAUUCCCAAUUCACAACAAUUUUUUAGGGUUUCUUCACUCUCUCUCUCUAAUCGCUGAUUUAAAACAUGGAUGGCUCUGGUGGUGGAAAUGUGAACACGGUUCUACAACAUUAUAAAAUGGGAAAAACACUUGGCAUUGGGUCCUUUGGCAAAGUAAAAAUUGCAGAGCAUGUAUUGACUGGUCAUAAAGUUGCCAUCAAGAUUCUUAACCGCCGCAAGAUAAAGAAUAUGGAAAUGGAAGAAAAAGUGAGAAGAGAAAUCAAAAUUUUAAGAUUGUUCAUGCAUCAUCACAUUAUACGCCUUUAUGAGGUUGUAGAAACGACAACAGACAUAUAUGUGGUGAUGGAAUAUGUGAAAUCUGGAGAGCUUUUUGAUUACAUAGUAGAAAAAGGUAGGUUGCAAGAAGACGAAGCUCGCAGUUUCUUCCAGCAGAUAAUCUCUGGUGUGGAGUACUGUCACAGGAAUAUGGUAGUUCAUAGGGACCUGAAACCUGAGAAUUUACUUUUGGACUCAAAAUGGAGUGUCAAGAUUGCUGAUUUUGGCCUAAGCAAUAUCAUGCGUGAUGGUCACUUUCUUAAGACAAGUUGCGGAAGCCCUAACUAUGCAGCUCCAGAGGUUAUCUCUGGGAAAUUAUAUGCUGGACCGGAAGUAGAUGUUUGGAGCUGUGGUGUAAUUUUAUAUGCACUUCUCUGUGGCACUCUUCCUUUUGAUGAUGAAAAUAUCCCCAACCUCUUCAAAAAAAUAAAGGGUGGGAUAUAUACUCUUCCUAGUCAUCUAUCUCCUGGUGCCAGAGAUUUGAUACCUAGGCUGCUUGUGGUGGAUCCCAUGAAAAGGAUGACCAUACCUGAGAUACGCCAACACCCAUGGUUCCAAGUUCAUCUGCCACGUUAUUUGGCAGUGCCACCACCAGAUACACUGCAACAGGCCAAAAAGAUUGAUGAGGAGAUUCUUCAGGAGGUGGUUAAUAGGGGAUUUGACAGGGAACAAUUGAUUGCGUCCCUUAGAAGCAGGGUGCAAAAUGAGGGUACUGUAACUUAUUAUUUGUUAUUGGACAAUCGUUAUCGUGUUUCCACUGGCUAUCUUGGAGCUGAGUUUCAAGAGACAAUGGACUCUAAUUUGAACCGUAUCCACUCCAGUGAAGUUGCUUCUCCAGUUGGUGGGCACCGUUUUUCAGGGUAUAUGGAUUAUCAAGGAGUAGGAAUGAGGCAACAAUUCCCUGUGGAGAGAAAAUGGGCCCUUGGGCUUCAGUCUCGAGCCCAACCUCGUGAAAUAAUGGCCGAAGUCCUUAAAGCUCUGCAAGAACUGAAUGUCUGUUGGAAAAAAAUUGGACACUAUAACAUGAAGUGUAGAUGGGUUGUGGUCAUCCCUGGUCAUCAUGGAGGAAUGGUUAACAAUUCUGUGCAUGGUAAUAAUUACCUUGGAGAUGCCAGCAUUAUUGAGAAUGAAGCUGCUGCUAAGUCAAGUGUAGUCAAGUUUGAACUACAGCUCUACAAAACUCAGGAGAAAUAUCUGCUUGAUCUCCAAAGGGUUGAGGGUGCCCAUUUUCUUUUCCUGGAUCUUUGUGCUGCCUUCCUUGCGCAGCUUCGUGUUCUUUAGUUCAAAGAUAGUAAACUCACAUGGGGGACUUAAGAUGUCUUAUGUUUGCAUGUGAAUAAGCUUAUGUUGUACAUAAUAACAUAUAACUGCCCUUUCAGUAUGGGUCGACCUUAUGCUAGUACUUUUUAGUAUACCCCCUGUUUUUUAUUAUUCGGUUGAUCAUGAUUAUUAUGAGGCAAUCCUAAAUAUGGUAUUAGCUUCCCUUUUCACGGUGAAUUGAGUUUUUUCAAUCCUGUGAAAUCUCUGGGAAUUUUAUGAAAGAAAUAUCCCCCAACAGAUACAGCUAUUUAUGGUAUAUUGAACCUAAUAUUGGAAUUGUCUAUUUAUUACUGUGGAGUUUUUCUCCCCUUGCAUGA